ACAAAAACUGUUUCCGCAUGAAAACAUGAUCUGUGACUCUGUGUUCUCAAAUUUACUGAAACCCACCAUGUAUCAGAUGUGUGGAAAUAAAUCAUGUUAAAAGGUGUUUGAACGGUUUUUUUGUUGAGACUUGGGAGGAGAUCCGGACUCAGACUAUAUACCAACUCCGAUCAGUACUCACUACUUCUUAUUUGGUGGGAUGGGCCAACUACUCCAUCGAUAUUAUCGAUAUUAAUUUGUUAUUGUUAUUAAAAGCUGGAAGGAAGGAGACGUUGGGGCCAACUGCAUCGUUCCUGAUUGUUUGUGCUGCUGCUCUCUCUGUCCAAAGAAUGGCUCAAACUACCCCAAACCACACUCAAACUGUCUUUGGAUGGGCAGCUCACGACUCCUCUGGCAAGAUAACUCCCUUUACAUUCAAGCGAAGGGAAAAUGGCGUUGAUGACGUUACGAUUGAAAUCCUGUACUGCGGAAUGUGCCACACUGACCUGCACCAUGUGAGGAAUGACUGGGGGAUCACCAUGUAUCCUGUGGUCCCUGGACAUGAAAUUACCGGUGUGAUAACCAAGGUGGGGAGUAACGUGACGCGUUUCAAGAUGGGGGACCGAGUCGGUGUGGGAUGCAUUGCAGCGUCGUGCCUGGAUUGUGAGUUCUGCAAGGAAUCUCAGGAGAAUUACUGUGACAAAGUUCAGUUUGUUUAUAAUGGCAUUUUCUGGGAUGGAAGCAUCACCUAUGGAGGCUACUCCAAAAUGCUCGUAGCACACCAAAGGUUUGUGGUGCAUGUGCCGGAAAAGCUUCCAAUGGAUGGUGCAGCGCCUCUACUGUGUGCGGGGAUAACGGUGUUCUGCCCUAUGAAAGACAAUAAAAUGCUGGAAUCACCUGGGAAAAAACUCGGGGUGGUAGGGCUAGGGGGUCUUGGACACGUGGCUAUCAAGUUUGCUAAGGCAUUUGGGCUCCACGUCACCGUCAUCAGCACCUCUCCCUCCAAAGAGAAGGAAGCUAAAGACCGCCUCGGUGUAGAUGACUUUCUUCUCAGUACCAAUUCUGAACAUAUGCAGGCAGCGAGGAGGAGUCUUGAUUUCAUAAUAGACACAGUAUCAGCCAAGCAUUCUUUAGGACCCAUCCUAGAACUGCUUAAAGUGAACGGAACUCUAGUGAUGGUUGGUGCACCAGAUAAGCCCGUGGAGCUGCCUUCUUUCCCUCUCAUAUUCGGCAAGAGAGUGGUGAAGGGUAGCAUGAUUGGUGGAAUGAAAGAGACACAAGAAAUGUUGGAGCUCUGUGCCAAGCACAACAUCACCUGCGACGUGGAGAUCGUCACUCCAGAUAAGAUCAACGAGGCCAUGGACCGGCUUGCUCGGAAUGAUGUUAGAUAUCGAUUUGUGAUUGACGUUGCCGGUCGGACACCUGAAAGUCGUUGAGCACAUCCAACCGGGGGCUGGAUGGUGUGUGACUUUGAUUGAUGUUUCACAUGUUUAUUGCACACUACACAACACCGACCUGUGUGAGAAGAAACCAAGAAAAAUAAAUUAAACCCAUUUAUAUAUGUUGUUAGGAGAAACAAAGUAAAAAUUGACUAAAUAAGUGUGUAGUUGCACUAGAACUUUCAGUUGAUGGAUUGUCCUCUUUUCAUGUAUUAGUUUGCCGCAAUGCGGGGUAAAAAGAAAAAAGAAAAACCCUUUUAUAACCAA